GGGUGAAGAGGACACAGACUUGGAGGGAGUGAAGAUCUUGGCAUAAUCACCCCCACCGCCGACCAUCAGGAUGUUUAAGAAAAAGGACAGUAAGGAGAAUACCGUAAAGGUUGCCGGCAAGCUCAGCAAGUCCCAAGCCAGCAAUUUGGCCUUGCUGAUUGCCCGGAUGCAAAAGAAUGCCGACCAGUUGGAAAAAGAUGUUCUUCGGGCUGAGGAACUCCUGGCUUUGGAGGCUGAGAAUGAAAAGAAGGAGCUUCCCUUACAGCACCAGGAGGAGAUAUCAGAUAAACUGGGAGAGAGCGAGGGCCUGCUGAAAGACCUCUUCCUGGAUGUCGACAAGGCCAAGAAGCUUAAGCAUCCCCAGGCCAAGGAUAUUGAGAGCGAUGUCAGUCUUCUCCAUAAGCGCUGGCUGAAGGACUACAGCUUCUAUCGGGAAAUAUAUGAUCAAGUGAACGAUGUGUCUCUGAUGCCCAGAAUCGACUGGGCUCCUCUACUCAACCAGAAGCAGAAAGAGGUCAAUGCAGAAGAGUACGGCCCCACCAUGUCAGACCUGGAGAAGCAGAUUGCCUCCCACAACAUCCUCCACAAGGAGAUCGAGGCCUACAGCUCACAGCUCAGCCCCAGCUCAGCUGGCAGCAAGGAGGAAUAUAUAGCCAUCAAGAAACAAUACAACAAUCUGCUGGACAACUCCAAGUGGCGUCGCCACUACCUGAGCAGCCUGUACGACUACAUGCAGGGCUGCAACAAGGAGCUGGCUUUCCUGGGAGAAGAACAGCAGAAGAUUAAGAAUCAGGACUGGAGCGACCGCAUGGUGGACCCGCCUGAUGUCCGCAGGCAGUAUGAGAACUUUAAGAACAACAGCCUGCUGUCACAUGAGAGUGAGGUGAACAAACUGCAAGACGAUGCAGACCGACUCGUUGAACUGAAGCACCCUGCCAGCUCCACCAUACAGGCUCAGAGAGAUGCAGUGCGGAACGAGUGGCAGAAAUUCCUCAAUCUCUGCAUUUGCCAAGAGACACAUCUGGACAAUGUGGAGGAUUUCAAAAAGUACCAGCUAGACACAGAACAACUGUCCGAGACCCUGACCAUGCUCAACAAGAGCAUGGACCCCAAAACCGUCAGCAAGAGGAGCAACUCUGAGAACUUGCUGCAGCUUGAGGCAGAGGAGAGGGACGUGCAGCGCAGCGAGCAGCUGCUGGCUGACCUGAGGAGACGCAGCACCACCAUCGCUCCUCUGAAGCUUCGCCGCGCCGCGCCGAGCAGACCGACCACUGUGGAGUCCCUCUGCGACUGGGAGACCGACAAGGCUUCUCUGUCAAGAGAAGACAGGCUUACCCUAAAAUCAAACUCCAACAAUGAGAACUGGGACAUUGUUUCGAGCGAUGGGACAACCAAAACUUUCCCAGGAGUUUGCUUCCUGAUCCCACCACCUGACUCGGAGGCCAUUGACAAAGUGGACCUCCUUGGUGGGGAACUUGCCGACAUCAAGAAGAGAAGAGCAGCCCUGUCUGCGUCACUGAAAAAUCACAAGACCGAUGUCUCCAGGUCCCAACAAGCGGCCCCAGUAUCUUCUGCACCACUGGACCCCAAAGCAGUAGCUCUCACUGACCAGCUAAACAAACUGGAUGGUGACCUAGCCGAAACAGAGAAAGGCAUCCUGAGCCGCCUGCGGGCCCCUCUGAACCGCAGUGACCCUGCUGGGGACCUGGCCAACAGGCUGAGGGAACAGAAGAAAGCAGCCGAGGUGCUUAAGGCUCUGGAGCAGCAGAAGAAAGCUGCACAGGUGGACUUGCAGCCUCUGCUGUCAGAAGAUCCCAGUGGAACCUCCUCUGCACUGCCAAUCAUGCUCAGUGCCACCAGUAACAAACAUGAUGGCAUCACUGCACUUGCUGACCUCUACACCAAAAAGGCAAAUGCUUCACUCAACCUUGAAAGUCAGAUUAAAAAGGUUGAUGGCAUCGUCUCUGUUUUUGAGAAGAAGUUGAGUGAAGAUGGUGCAAUCUCUGACGCCCCAAAUUCAAUCCAGGACCAUGCUCAAGAGAUACAGAACCUGCGUAAGGCAGUGGUGGGGAGCCAGGAUGAGAUAAAGAAGAUGGGUCAAGAUCUUGAGACCACAGAGCAGUUAUGUAGCUCUCUGCAGCAGGGCUAUCAGGAGUACUGUCCUGACAUCCAGCGUCAGGGAAUCCAAGUGAAGCAGCUGCAGAACCGCCAUGCAAAUGUUACCAACCAGCUGAAGGAGAGUGAAAACCUCCUGCAAGAUGCUGCAUCCAAGAACCAGGAGUUCCAGAACACGUGCAAAUCCCUGAAUUCCUUCCUGGACAACUUGCCGAAAAAUCAGAUCAGCCCCAAUGAUGAUAUCGCUAAGGUCAAUGCCAAGCAGACCUCCCAAGAGAGGGUGAUGGAUGAUUUAAAGAGGAGAGGAGAUAGCAUGGACAGAGUGGUUGACUUGUCUCAGGACCUGCAGAAUUUGCUCAAUGAAUAUGAGGCAAAUGUUGAUAAAUACAACAGCACUUUGGAUGAUGCUGGAGCCACUGUAGCAAAGAGACCUCAUGCUUCCACACUUGCUGAUGCUGUGCAGAAACAGGAAAAGGCUCUGGUAAACCGUUAUGCUGAAACAUCAUCUGAGAAUAACCAGCGCCUCAAUCAGAUGGAACUUGCUAAGAAUCUGAUCGCACAAAAUGAGGAGAAAUUUCAAGUGGUGGCACACCAACAAGUACAGCUGGAAAGCCAGCAAAGGAACAGCAUUGAGGUAGAUGGUCUGAAGAAAGACUUGCAGGAGGAAAAUGAUAGGCGGACACAUGCAGAAACAGACCUGCAGACUUUCAAGGAAAGGAUGCUGUCGCUAAAGAGUCGCAGAGGAGUGGAGCGUGUUGAGGAAAAGGAAGUACUCCAGUAUUAUCGUGACCCUAAACUGGAAAGCGAUUUGGUGGAUCUUCAGAAUAGUUUGCAUGAACAGGCCCUUAAGCGCAGCACCACCCAGGGUGAGAUCGAGAUAAUUAACAAGAAACUCACGACCCUGGAGGACACCUUAAAAAAUGCCCCACCCAAACUCGUGACUAGAGAGGUAACGGAGUAUGAGAAAGACCCUCAGCUGGAUGUGGAGGCAGCAAAGUUGAAGGAUGAGCUUGAAAGGAUAAAAAAUGAAAUUCGAACAAGAGAUGGGGAGACCUUCCAAAUGAAAACUGAAGUCACAAUCCUGCAGCAGAAGAAGCCCCUCAUCAAAGAGAGGGUGGUGAAGAAGGAAGUGAUGAAAGUGGAGAAGGACCCAGAAAUGCUGAAAGCUACAAGAAUGUUAGAGACAGAAAUUUCUGAAGAGGGAGAAAAGACCAAGUUGGUUAAUGAUGAGAUCUUCCAAACAAGGAGCCAGAUAAAUGCACUGGAAAGAAUCAUACCAACUAUCCAGCCAAAGAUCAUCACCAAGGAAGUGAAAAAGAUUGAACAGGAUCCUGAGCUCAUCAAUGAAACUAAGAAGAUAAUAUCAAGUAUUGAAGACGAGAGUAUUGAAAACAACAGUUUGACCAAAGAGAUUGCAACCCUCCAAAAUCGCUACCAUGUGGUGCAGGACUGGAAACCAAGAGUAGAGGUGAAGGAAAUUGUAAAUGAGAUCUAUCACAUAGACCCCAACACAGAGAUGGAGAUAAUGCGACUGAAGAAAGAAAUACAAAGCUCUUCUAAGCAACGCUCUGAUCUCGAGAGAGAGACCUCUGUGGUCACUUCUGAGCUAAACGGCCUUCGUUUUGAGAAACCCAAAGUCGAGAUUAAGGAGGUCCUCCAAGAGGUGGUGAAGGAAGAGAGGAGCCCUGAGAAUGAAAGGGAGAUUCAGAGACUAAAUGACCAGCUGAACCAUCUACAUAGCAGUUACAAUGCCAUCCAGGACAAGCUGAGGAUCCUCAGGAGGGACAGAGAUGAAUGGAAGGCUGAAAAAUCCAAGGUAGAGACCAAGCUGGUUACUAGAGAAGUUGUGAGGUAUGAAGAUGACCCACUCCAGGAGAAGGAAGCAGACCGCUUGAGAAGGGAGGUGCGUGAAGAAGCACAACUUCGGCGCACCACUGAGGAGAUGGUAUUUGACUUGCAAAACAAAUACAUCCUUUUAGAGAGACAGAAACCUGAGGAAAGAGUGGUUGUGCAGGAGAUGGUGCGCCUUCAGAAGGACCCAAGGCAGAUAGUCGAGCACGACAGGCUUAGCAGAAGCCUUGACGAAGAGGUAAAGACCCGCCGCCAGCUAGAACUAGAGUUGCAACAGCUGAAAACCAAAGUGGAGGACAGAGAGAAAAUCCUGAGAGAGAGCGAUGAGCAUCAGAGGAAGAUUCAAGUGGAGUCAGAGCUAAGACAGAUCAGAAUACGCAUCAAACAGCUGGAAAAUACUCCGCCUCCCAUUGAGGAGAGUAUUGUUGUUGAAGAGGUUCUGAAGGUUGAGAGAGACCCAAAACUGGAGAGGUUAACGAAUGGUCUUAGGUCAGGUAUGGACAAGGAAACCAAUGACAUCCUCCGUCUCCAGCGGGAAAUUAGGAAUAUUAAUGUCAAACUUGAGAUCCUACAGCGCGAGAAGUCUGGUGAGAAAACUGUGUAUAAAGAGGUUGUCCGUGUUGAGAAAGAUCAGGCAGUUGAAGCAGAAAGGGAACGCCUGAGGGAACAGGUAUCCCAGGAGAAAUUUGCAAGGCAGGAUGUGGAGGAUGAAAUCAAACGCCUCUCUGACAAAAUCAACUUUCUGAGGACCACCAUGUCCAGCAAUACAAGAGAGGAGACUAGCCUCAUUUUGAACAGAGAUACCCUGCAAAAGGAUAGGGACAACUUCAUUUGUGAGCUGAGGAAUCUUGAGGCUCAGAAGCAUGACAUAACCCUGUCUUUCCAGCAGCAGACCAGACUGAUGAGUGAGAAAACACAGAUGAGCCGGCAGAGGAGCCUUAAGAUGGAGUCUGAUAUCCGGCGUCUGGAGAAGGACAUCUUAGACGAAAAGGACAGGAUCCAUUUGAAAGACAACUCUAUCCGGGAACUUCAGCUGAACAUAGAGAAAGAAGAAAACACAGAGACUCGGACCAGAGAGACUAAUGUCUCCACUAAAAUCACCAUUUUGGAUCCAGAAACAGGGAAGGACAUGUCUCCUUAUGAUGCCUAUCUACAGGGAUUGAUAGAUCGUCAACAGUAUAUUCACCUGCAAGAGCUCGAGUGUGAUUGGGAAGAGAUUACCUCCAUGGGACCUGAUGGUGAGACAUCUGUACUUCAGGAUCGAAAGAGUGGUAAGCAGUACUCCAUCAACAAUGCCCUGAAAGAUGGCAGGCUCACACAGUAUGACUUGCAAAGGUACAAAAGUGGCCAAAUACCAAUCUCGGAGUUUGCUCUUCUGGUUGCUGGAGACAUGAAGAAACCCCCACAAUUAAACUCUGUCAUCCCAAGAUCCACCACAACCUCUGUCAAAUCAGCUCAAGCUAACUCCACUGCUCCCACCGAAAUGUACCCAAUUGCUGGAGUCAUGGAUACAAACACAGACACAUGCUUUACAGUACGCAGUGCCACCAUGCGCAAACUGAUAGACAUCACUACAGCCCAAAGGCUUUUGGAAGCUCAAGCAGCAACAGGGGGCAUCAUUGAUAUCAACACCAGAGAGAGACACUCAGUCCACAAAGCAGCAGAAAGGGGUCUAAUUGAGGGCAGUCAACUACAGAGACUGCUCAAUGCCCAUAAGGCUUUUACUGGUGUCGAGGAUCCCAUGACAAAGGAACGUUUGUCCGUGGGAGAAGCUGUUCAGAAAGGCUGGAUGCCCAAGGAUACUGCCAUUCGCUACAUGGAGGCACAACACCUGACAGGAGGGCUGGUCAACCCAAAUACCAAUAGCCGAGUAAACAUCAUUGAUGCCAUCGGAGCCAAAAUGAUUGACAGCACCAUGAUGAGGGAGCUACAGUCAGACACAAAUUAUGCCAAGGAGAUCAUAGAUCCAAUCACGAAGGAAAAGAUCAACUACAAGCAAGCUAUGGAUCGCUGCAAGAGAGACCCACUGUCAGGCCUACCAAUGCUGCCUGCCUCUUCGAAAGAUUCUGGUUACACUCCUAUGUACACUUCUCAUAGAUACUCAAGAUACUAGACGUGUUUACAGCAUACUUCACACUUUCUGGUCUCCGAUGUGAGAAACAGAACACACUAUAAUGGACAUUUUCACCUCAGGAAACGUGCUCCUCAAAGUCUAUUGUCCAGUCUGAAUGAUCACAGCGGAGUUGUUUUUGUUUACCAAAUAUUUCUGAUGUGGGCAGAGGAAUUUUUUGAUUCUUAUUUCAAAUGAAAAUGAGUAAAAAUUUGACCGUUUCUUUAUCAUUGAUAUUGUCUUAUUAGGGAUACUGGGACAUGGUGCAAUUCUAUUUACAAAGAUUGAUCCUUAUUGUAUUACCCCUGGGCUGUGCUUGACACUGUUCAUUGAACUCAAUCUUAUAUAUUUUAUGAAAACACAAAAUUAAUAAAUGUAAAUGACAUGGUUAUUGGAUGUUGAUUUACUCUUUGCCACAGAAAACCAAUAUGACAUUUCAAAGCAUAUAGAAUAGGGAAGUUGUUUUUCCAGCAUUUACAUCAUGUAAAACUAUUGGAUCCUAUUUUCAGAAACACACAAACAUUAAUGGUAUACAAUUGCUAUUUAUCUGGAAUAAACUACAGCUGAUCAAAGUAAACAUUUCUCUGACCUGGUUCACAGCCACCACAGACACUAAAGUGUGCCAGGAAGAAGAGCGUAUGUUUCUGAGCCCAUCGCAUGACAAACAAUGGACAUUUCGCCACAGAAUACACAGGAACAGCCUUAAAAUGUUCUUAAAAUGUUAAAAUAAAAUUUGGCUUUUUGUCAUUUUAAUGUUACCAUCAGGGGAAUGAAUAUAUGUGUUAAUCUGUUUCAAGAUUAAAAUAUUACACACCUAUGUGCUUGGCCUGUGUUGGCUCAGGUA